CUUCCUGGCUCUGCCUCUUUGCACACAGGGUGGACUGCUGUCUCUGAGGGCCUCAGUGUCGGCAGCCACUACAUAUCACCCCUUCCUCGGAGUUUUAGGGGGUCCCAGGCUCUUCCAGGGCUUUUCCCAUUGGCACUGCCCUUGCCCGGCACAAGUCUCCAGCUUUAGGGACUUUGCUUGCGGCUGUUCUGGGGGCACCGUGCAACUGAUGGCUGCCGGGCAUUGUGCCCAUCCCUGGGAGCACCCGUGCUGGGUGGUAGCCCUUCCGGCAGUGCCAGCACCUGGGCAAUAAAGGGACGCAUCUGGAUGCUUAUCCUCUGUCGGGAGAAGGCAACGCGGAAACCACAGUGCCGUGGGGAGCGCUCAGAGCGGUGCCCACCAGGCGGCAUCGGCUCCUGCCUCCCCGGACAUGGCUGCAAGUAGGGGAGGGCUGCCCCUGAUCCUGCUGCUGAGCCUCGCUGGGUCAAAGCUGGCACUGGGGAGCACAGCAGUGGGUGUGACAAUGCCAGCAUCCACAGAGCCCCCUGUGUCGCUGUUCACCACCGCAGCCACCACUCCUCCCUCCAGCCGGGACACAGAAGCCCCCACCUCAGCGAUGCCCAGCACCACCCCAGGGACCAGCAGUGCUGUCCCCACUUCAGCACACACAGCUGCACCACCUGAGCCCUCUACAACCGUGGUAGACACCACCACCACCUCCAUCACCAGCAUGGUGGUCCCCAGCAGCACCUCCAGUCCCAGCCCAUCUCUGGGGAGCACCACUGGAACCAGCCCCGAUGUCUCCACACUUACCACAGGAUCACCUCCAGACACCUCGACAGCACUUCAGAGCCCCAGUGCCACCCCAGGCACAGAUCCCUCCUCCCCUGCCACCACCUCAGCACAGAGCCUGAAUGGCACCACCAGCCCCUCUGCAGAGCUGCCACCAGCCUGCCCCAGCGCCCCGAGCAAUGCCAGUGCAUCCCAGCUCUUCCUCUCUAUGCAUCUCAUCACUCCUCUGGACAUGGGGAACACCACGGCGCAGGAGCUGCUCCUGGCCAAGAUCCGCAGAGACCUGCAGACCGCCUUCCCAUGUGCCGGGCUCCUGCUGCAGUGGAGAGGGGAGAAGCUGAUCUGAGCCCAUUGCUGGGGGAUGCUGGGCAGGACUGAGCCAUCCCGCACCUCCUGUCUGUCCCUCUGGGUAACCCACGCAGCCCCAUCUGCUUCCCUUCACCCCAGUACUCCUCUGUGCCCCAUUUUCUACCCUUUCCCACAGCCACUCUGCAGCCCCAUAGCUGAUGAUGAAGAAGGAAACCUGCAGUCCCCCACCCUGCCCCAUUAUCACCAUGCAGCAGUGGUCCUGCUGGAAUCCAGGGUACACCAGGGGGCCCUAUCAGCCCCCCAAACUCCAACAAGCUGUGCAUGCCAUGGGGCCAUGGAAAUCCUGUGGGUUGAGCUCCUUCCCUGUUUUUUUCCAGUCCCUGGUUGAGGAGACGGCUGCAGCGUCUGCCUCCCCUGCAGCAAAGUCAUUUAUUAACUGAUUAAUUAGCCAGAUAAAAUGAGAGCGAAGCAAUUAUUACUCUAAGCAAGUCACCUCGCAGGGAGAUUAAAAAGUGGAAUAAUGAGCAAAAAUGUCUGUGUCGUUC